GCCAAGGGCCUAGCGCUGAACUAAUUCCCGCUCCCGAUACCGGCAACUUUAUAUCAUACUCUGUAGUUUGAGCACUGAGCAAGGACCCCCGAUAGCAGCCCAUCAGCGCGCCUGUCUGUCAGGAUGAAUAUCUUUAGGUUCCUCGGGGAUAUUUCCCAUCUCUCUGCCAUUUUCAUCCUCCUGCUGAAGAUCUGGAAAUCCAGGUCCUGUGCUGGUAUAUCUGGGAAAAGUCAGCUGCUCUUUGCCAUUGUUUUCACGGCACGAUAUCUCGAUCUGUUCACAAACUAUAUCUCCUUCUACAAUACAUCCAUGAAGGUUGUGUAUGUUGCCAGUUCCUAUGCCACAGUAUGGAUGAUAUACAGCAAAUUCAAAGCUACUUACGACGGGAACCAUGAUACUUUCCGCGUGGAGUUCCUCAUUGUCCCAACGGCAAUUUUGGCAUUUCUUGUAAACCAUGAUUUCACUCCGCUAGAGAUCUUCUGGACCUUCUCUAUCUACCUUGAGUCAGUAGCCAUUCUGCCUCAACUCUUCAUGGUCAGCAAGACUGGGGAAGCAGAGACCAUUACAAGUCAUUAUCUCUUUGCUUUGGGAAUUUACCGCACAUUGUACCUCUUCAACUGGAUCUGGCGUUACCAGUUUGAGGGAUUCUUUGAUCUCAUUGCAAUUGUUGCCGGGCUGGUACAGACUGUUCUGUACUGUGACUUCUUUUACCUGUAUGUCACCAAAGUUCUAAAGGGGAAGAAGCUCAGUUUACCAGCAUAAAACACCAGACGGCCUUCUUCCGUAUUGCGAACUGUUUUGGACCCCACUGAAAGGAAACAAAGUAGGAAACGUGAAAGUUCCUUGAACCAGAAAUGAUACAUGGCGAAUAGGAGUUGCUUUUGCAUUUCAACUAUGCCCCUGAAAUGAUACUAAAAGAAAGACUUUCAGAGAAUAUAUACUACAGCUAAGCUGACUUCUGACCCUUUUUUACAAAGACUGGUCUCCAAGUUGGCUAUUUGUAGUUUGGGCCUUAGCAACAAAACAAAACAAAAAAUUUUCCAAAUCGGUAUUUCUUGCUAGAUUGUUUCUUAUUAUUCUUAUCUUGCAUCCCUGAUUGUUUCCAGGAGAUGUCUGAUACCAAGAACACAUUCAUAUUUCUGUAAUCAACCUAUUUUACAGAUAAAUCAGUUUUUUUAAAUAACAAUUAAAGAUCUCCUAGACAGUU